AUGGCUCCUGCAACGGAUGAUGCGCUCACCAAAGUGUCGACUGAUGCUGCGACCGAAUUCGUCCAGUCGUUCUACCCGGCCCUUCAGUCGAACCGCGCUGCUAUCGCUUCGUUCUACAACCAACCGACGUCAACGAUCCUCUUCAACGGAAACACAGUUGCCGAUGGAAACGCUGUCCAGGAGAUCUUCGUUAACCAAAUGCCUCCGACACACUACGAGGUGCAGUCGUUCGACUGCCAAAUUAUCAACCAAACAUACCCCACUCCGACGGCGACCGGACUGAAGCUUCCCAACGAGACCACUAUCAAGGACAUGUCGAUCCUCGUGAUUGUUAGCGGCUUCGUCCGGUUCGGAGAGGCUAGAGAUCUUCCCCAGCGCGGGUUCAGUGAGACUUUCGUGCUUGUUCCGAACCCCACCGCCGAUGGCCCCAAGGGCAAGCGCCGCAGGGAGUGGCUUAUUCAAACCCAAAACUUCCGACUUGUUGUUUAA